AUGGACCGUGAAAUCACGUUCAAUUUGUCGAAUUUCCGUAAAAACCGUAAGAAACGAGUAGAAAAUGAAGAAAUCAAUGAAUCCGGAUCUGAUUUGGCUCUGAAAUCUGUAUCUCACAAGCAUGGGCGAUGGUUGGCCUUUCUUGAGAAGUUUACUUUUGUGGUCAAACACAAGACUGGUGUUUCAAAUAGGGUUGCUGAUGCCUUAAGCAGGAGGAGUAAUCUGCUUGUAUCUAUGAGGGUUGAUGUGCCGGGUUUGGAGGUCAUUCGUGAGCAGUUAGUCAUUGACCCUUAUUUCUCAGUUAUUUUGCAGGAUGUGAAAACUGGGCAAAAGUCAGACUUUCUUUUGCAUGAUGGUUUUCUGUUCAAGGGGAAUCAGCUAUGUAUUCCCGAUUCUAGUCUUCGCUUAAAGAUUAUUAAGGAGUUACUUGGUGAAGGGCAUGUUGGUCGUGAUCGUACUUUACAAUUGGUUCAAGCUUCUUAUUGUUGGCCAAUAUGA